AUGCAGUCAUUACACCUCGGGCUCAAUUUCCAACGCCUCCCAAAUCCUCGGGCUCUGGGUGUCUAUCAGCGGGCUCUGGCACUAUCGCCACCUCUUCCAGUCAAGGGAGGCAUGGACGUUUCGACGCUCCUGAAUUCGAGGAAGCGAUCUGAGGGCGGCGACGAGCUGGCCCGGUUUCAGCAAUCACUUCACCUGGACGGUGCAGCGUACAGCAUGGACCACGGCCCGGAUAUGACUCACCACCAGCCAUCCCUCCCGCAGUCUCAUGUGACGCCGUACAGUCUUAUGGCGCCGCCUCAGAAUAGCCCUCAGAUGUACGCAGCGAGCAGUUACAUGCCAAGGCACGACAGCCAGACCACCAUCUCGGACGAAAACUUGCCCCCUACCCAGAUCAAGGGCGAGCCGGCUCCCAAACUAUUUCCUUGCGGGACCUGCUCGAAAGGGUUUGCACGACGCAGUGAUCUUGCCAGACACGAACGGAUUCAUAGCGGUGACAGACCUCACGCUUGCAACCACCCAGGCUGCAACAAGUCAUUCAUACAACGAUCUGCUUUGACUGUGCACGUGAGGGUUCACACAGGAGAGAAACCGCACUUGUGUGGUCAUUGUGGCAAGCCCUUCUCAGACUCCAGCUCCCUUGCACGGCACCGGCGCAUCCACUCGGGAAAGCGUCCAUACAAGUGUGAAUUUGCCAAUUGCCAGAAGACCUUCACAAGACGUACCACCCUGACGAGGCACCAAAUCCAACACACGGGCACACUGGAGCAAGCUGCCGCGGAGGUGAAUGCGAAGUUAGCACCAUCGCAUCCCCGGAGCCAGUCCAUCUACGAGUCGACUUCAGGAGGCUCCUCGAGGAAUUCCACAGCAUCGCCCGCAGAUCGAACCUUGUCAAUUUCACCGCAUUCAGAGCUUCCCCCUAUGACCAGUGGCAUGCAACGUCAAGGUUCAGACUAUGGAUUCUUACCCCAAACUCAUUCCCUACCGCCUCAUAUGCGGACCGACUUUGGGCCAAAUUCGCCCCGCUCGACACCACCUCUAACGAGCCAUUCCCUCCAGCAAUAUACGAGUGCGCCGCAACAGCGACCUGUCACCUCUCAUCCGCCAGCAUAUGGACCACCUCAACCUCUGGAGCCUCCCGCCAACGGCACCACCAGUGGCAGUACGUCUCCUCACUUGGGAGCUCUGGCGUGGGGGUCGCCUGGUGGCGGAUCACUGCCAACACCAGCCUCAUUGGAGACUUACGGUUACCCAGAACCAGCCUAUGGUGGGCAUUCGCUCUACUAUCCUGGAAGUGCGAUUCGAAGACCUCAGAGCACGGAGCCCGAGGACUAUGGUCUUCGACCUCGUCAGCCUCAUAUGGCUACCCACAUGCCGCUUCCGACUGAUUGGACUUCAAUGCCACUGGCUGUCCAGGACAAUCGACAGGAACGAUACGUCAUGUAG